AUGCCCCAGGAAAGCUUCUCGAGCCGCUGGGAUGCUGCCGAUGCGCCUUUGCAUCCAGUGGGGGUUCCAGGGUCCUGGUCGGUCUGGCUUGGCGACUGGGCCCUACCACGGACUGGGUACUUGUCUGAAAAGCAAUGUUCAUCUGCCGCAGCCCGUGCAUCUUACCUCCCCCCGGCCUUGCUUGAUCUUCCGGUGACGUGCUCUGCGGGUAGGGAGGAUGCUUUUCAAGAUAUCAUGACCGCACCUCUUUCCCCCUUCUGCCCGGGCUGUAUCUUCCACUUCAACUGCUCUGCACAUCUCCUUCUUGGUCAAAACCCCUUUCCCCGCGUACGUUCUCCCUGGCCUGGACCACUUUUGCUCCGUGCAACCUCGUCCUCUUUGGACAAGCUCGUACGUGUUGGCUCCGCAAGUCUAGAGCUAGACGCAGGGCAAGAAGACACUUGCAUGAGCCGUGCCAGUCCCCAAAAGAAAUGCACCCGUCCUGUUUCUCAUCCCUCUCGCCUUUUCCCAAUCUCACCAACGUCUGAAUCAAGACAGCUCGCCCUUGACCUGAUCGUGUGGCAGCCUCCGCGCUAUCCCGCCACCUUCUAUCGGCCGUCUUCCAGACCAACCUCUACAACGGCCUGGCUCUGCUCUUCCAACAAACGCCUCGCGCAGCGUGUGUCGACUGUCAUUUCCCUCCCUGCGAACGGCUCAGGUACCUGCAGAACGGCACAUCGCAUCUCCACCGCUCAAGGGACGACGUCCGUUUCUCACCGUUUUUGGACCGAUCACUGCAGGCCAAGCUUGCCAUGUAAGUCUACGCCCCCAAGCAACCUACACGCCCACGCCCAAAAAGAGGCAAACGACAGCGCGUUCCUCCGCGGGCUGAGCUCUGCACACCGUUGCUUCAGGAAUUCAUGCUUGUUCAUCGCUGCCGCCCGGCCCAAUAAGGCGGCACUUUUAUCGGUCCUCUUCCGUGUCCUUCAAGCCUUCUUAGCUUGCUGCCUCGCACGUUCGAGAGAGGCUGCACGACAAGGGCAAAGCAUUCUGCUCUCUUUGGGAAUGUAA